CCUCCUCCUGCCGGGCGGGGCCAGGGUCGGCAGUCCCGGCGCGCUGCCGCCGCGUGGAGCCGCGCUGCGUUUUCCCGAUCCCAUCUCCCUGAUCCCCGAUCCCUUAUCCCAUAUCCCCGUUCCCGGCUCCCUCCGCCGCCCCGAGCCGUGCCCCCGCUGCGGGCCGGCGGCGCGGGGAUGGGCGCGGGGCUGUGAGCGCGGCCGGGAGCCGUGGCCAUGGGGAACAUCUCCUCCAACAUCUCCGCCUUCCAGUCCCUGCACAUCGUCAUGCUGGGCCUGGAUUCGGCGGGCAAGACCACGGUGCUCUACCGCCUCAAGUUCAACGAGUUCGUCAACACCGUGCCCACCAUCGGCUUCAACACGGAGAAGAUCCGGCUCAGCAACGGGACGGCCAAGGGCAUCAGCUGCCACUUCUGGGACGUGGGCGGCCAGGAGAAGCUGCGCCCGCUCUGGAAGUCCUACAGCCGCUGCACCGAUGGCAUCAUCUACGUGGUGGACUCAGUGGACGUGGACCGGCUGGAGGAAGCCAAAACGGAGCUGCACAAGGUGACCAAGUUCGCGGAGAACCAGGGCACGCCGCUGCUGGUCAUCGCCAACAAGCAGGACCUGCCCAAAUCGCUGCCGGUGGCCGAGAUCGAGAAGCAGCUGGCUCUCCACGAGCUGACCCCUUCCACCACGUACCACAUCCAGCCCGCCUGCGCCAUCAUCGGCGAGGGGCUGACGGAGGGCAUGGACAAGCUCUACGAGAUGAUCCUCAAGCGCAGGAAGUCCCUCAAGCAGAAGAAGAAGCGGACAGACAAUAGUGGUGAUAACAAAGCGGCUCCCGCCAGCCGAGCCCAGAUCCCGGAGCUCCCCUCUCCCACCGCCCCGUGCUCCUGAGGGUCUGAUCCGGACUCCCUUGGGCUGGAAACACGGAAAAUCCGGGAUGAAUCCCCCCGGGAUGAAUCCCCCCUCUCCAUCUCCGGGACCACCGAGCCUUUGUGUGCCGGGGAACCAGCAGGGCAGGACCCUGCUGAAGCGCGUUCGAGCGGAGCCCAGCGUGCUUUUGGAUCUCUGACGGGGGCGUUUGGGGGCGUCGAUGCCAGCCCCCCACAAGCCUUUUGGGGCGGGGGGUCGGUGCUGCGGGUGCCCCGUGCCUCGGCAAGGUCAGCGGGGAGGGGGCUUGCCGCCCUCAUCCCUGCAUCCCCGCAUCCCUCCCCCGCGGGUGGCGGUGGGAAGGGAUGUUGAAAGCUUGGGCGGGGGGGGGGGUUGGACCAGCAGAAAAUGUCUUGGAGGGGUGGGUGUGAUGGGUAAGGGGACAUCCACCCGCCCUGGCUGGUGUUUUGGGGUGCAGAGCAAGGACGGGCAGCCUUUGGCUUGGGGGGGAGGAUGCGACACUGGGGUGCUGAGCAGCUGCUGAAUGGUGCAGAGCUUGAAGCUCAAAAAAAAAAACGGUGAAAAAAAGAAAAAGAAUGCCGAAGGGUUUGGAGUGAGCGCUGCUGGGAGCGCUGGGGGGGUUGUGCAGCACCCCCAUUUCUCAGAGGCUCGGCGGUGUCACCCUCUGCAGCAAAGCCCCCCGCAAGUGUGCAUUGUCCCCGUGCUCAGGGUGCUCCCAGGUGCGGCUCUGGGGGUGAUCCAAACUAGGGGUUACUUAGCAAAACCCCCAAAAAAAGGCAGAGCUUGGGGUUCUGGCCACUGUGCUGCUCUGCAGUGGGGCAGGAGGCCAAGUCGGGGAGGGUCAUGGCAGGGCAGGAUGGAUGGAUGGAUGGAUGGAUGGAUGGAUGGAUGGAUGGACACGCAGGGACGGCCAGAGCCUGCAAAAAAUCUCUGCUGGAAAGGGAAGAUGGCAGGGGGUGAAGAGGCAUGGGGGGGUUGUGGCAGGUUUCUAAUAAAGACUCAAGCCCGAUUAAAAGCCCUUGCCUCCCCCAGUAGCCACAGGGGCAAGCUGAGCCAGGCAGGGCCAGGCCUGGCCGCCUCCUCCUGCGGGGGAACAUUUCAUACCUGCUCGGGGCUGGGACCAAAAUCCACUUGCUGUGUGUUCCAGCCUGGGAUCCCUCUCUCUGGGGUCUUGGCUUCCCGCAGAGCUGAAGCAGGCAGCCCUCAGGAGCCAAAUAUGCUGAAUUUGGAGGCAGGCAGCAUUUUCUGGUGAUUUUACACCAGCUUUCCCAUUUGCAGACCCCUUCCCAGAGCAGCCAAGGGGAAAGCACCAAGCAGACAAAAGCAAAAUGUGCUUCAGGUUUUGGGGGGGUGGUCUUCCCCUUGCAGCGAGGAGCACCUUCCAAACAGCAUUUUUGGGGGGCGGGUGGGGUUUGUGAGGGAACAAAUGUUGCAGCCGAGUUGUUUCUUCUCCUCUUGUGGGGUUCGAGUUCCCGAUCUGUGUGGGCUGGUCCCAUCCGUUCAGGUGGCUCCCUCGGGUUUCCCUGUUUUGUCUUCACCUCCAACACUUUGGUACUUGCUGUCGAGAGAGAGAGAGAGAGAGAGAGAGAGAAAAGAAUUAUUUAUUUUUGAUGCCACAGAAGCCACAUGUAUUAACCCAUUUUUGGGAGAGCGACCUGUUUGAAAUGUAGAAGCUGUGCUGACCCCAGCAGCUCCAGGGUGACCAGGUUUUGGGAAUGACACUGUUGGUGGUGGGAUUUUUUACCUCCUGGCUGGUCUCGGUUUAGCAAAUGGACAGGCUGUUUUUAUGGAGCUGGGUCCUGCCUGGAUUCCACCCAGCUGAGCAUCCCUUUGGAGAGACGGCAGAGGGCUGGGAAGUUCGGGUGGGACGCCGUGCCCGUGCCCUUGCCAGCCACUCUGCUUUCUGCAAUAAUUAAAAAGACUUUUCCAACCAGUA